AUGGGUAGAUUCUGCACCACAGAGAAAGCUGUACAGGGUGCCAGAAAGCUGCUGUUUCCUGACGUUUAUUGCAAGCUCACAGAAGGCAACAUAACAGUAUUCUUUGGGAUGAAAAUGCAUCCCACUCCCUCAGAAAGGAAGCUCACUUCUAAAAGAGACCCUGUUUUUGUAAUUCCAGCUUUCUGUGAAUUUUUAACUCCUUUGCGAAGGCCAGAAAGGUCACUAGCUGAGCAGCCACUCCUGAGACAUCUCCUACUGUAUCGGUAUGGGCUGUGCUUGACUUUGGAAUCAACUCUGUGCCUUAACUUCCAUUGCAACUCUUGGAUAUGUCAGCAACUGUAG